UACCUUCGGCCGCCGCCCGUCUCGGCCGGAGGGAUAGUAGGGUAGCCUUGUCCCCACCGCGAUAGGGCUGAGUAGGGAGGCAGCUGCCGUGGUUCCUCCUCCUCCUCCUCCUCCUCCUCGGUGGAAAAGGCUUGUUGCUACCUGAGCCCCAGAGCAUAACCCAGCUCCUCCCUCUUCCUAGCCUUCUCCGGCGCGAUUGAGCCCUUAGAAAACAGGUAACUUUUGUGGACUCAGCAAAACCAUAAGCCAAGAUGCUUGGCAGAAGACCCAAGAAAAGCCCCCAGGUGAAAGGACAGGCAGCUGCUGCUGCAAAACAGUUGGGACUUUUCGUAGAGUUCAAUCCUGAAGAGAUGAUGCUAGAUCUGGAGGAUGACGGGGACCUAGAAGCAGAACUAGCUGCUAUCACUGGAGAGAAUUUGCCUGCUGGGAAAACAAAACCUAAAGGAAAAACUCCCCUGCCUAUGGAUCAUAUUGAAAAGAUGGCCGCUGAGUGCAUGAAGGACUUGGAUGAAGAUGAUGAUGAAGGUCUGGAAGAAGAUACCGAACUUUUGGCAGAGUUGCAGGAAGUCCUGGGAGAGGAAGACGGAGGAGGAAGCGGUGAAUGUGAGACGGAAACAAUAGAAGAGUCUUCUGUAGCCACAGAGGAGCCCAACAAUGUACCAACACAGAUGGCGCCUGCUGCUUCCAGUGGACUGCAACAAACAAUAGAAGAAAGGAUAGUUAACUAUAAGGCAGCUAUACUCAAUGCAAAGGAAGCCGGCGAGAGUUCCAAAGUGCGACGGUAUGAACGGGGCCUGAAGGCAUUGGAAACCAUGCUGACUGCAGUGAAGAAAGGGAAAAAAGUGAAUGAGGAAGAAAUGCCACCACCUGUAGCAUCCGGGAAGAGCUCUGUCACAGCUCCACAAGCCGUGCCUUUGAAUGACUCAGGCAGCCAAGAUGAAAUAACUGCUCCUGAAGGGGAGGAAAAGGAAGGCUCUACUACAGACCAUGAAUUAAAGAACCCCAGCGAUCCAGAGCUAUCUGUGAGCACACCUGAUCUCCAGAGCCAGGAUGCAGAUUCAGGUGUUCUGGGAACAAGUACCACUUCUGAAAACAAUUCCCCAGACCUUGGCACACGAGCACUGCUUGUGACAAGAGAGAAGGAGUACAAACUAGCAGCGCUCAAAGCUAAACAGAAGGGCGAUCUUGAGAAGGCAAAAGAAUACAUGAGGACUGGGAAGAAGUUCAGCCUGGUUCUGGAAGCACUGGACAGUGGGCAGCCAGUAGACCUCAGGGAUAUGCCUCCAGCACCACAAGACCUUGAAAGUCCAGAAAUGAUACAGCUUCCCUCAAAACAGGCACCAUCUGUAGCUGUGGAAACCACCCUUCCUGUGACAGCACCAGACAGUCAAGGUCCCUUGCCUCAGCCAAAAACUGUGAUGGAGGCUUUGCAGCAGAGGCUGGAGAAAUACAAAGCAGCAGCCGCUCAAGCCAAAGCAAGUGGAGAUGAUCGGAAGAGCAGGAUGCACGAGAGGAUAGCCAAGCAAUACCAAGAUGCCAUAAGAGCCCAUAAAGCAGGAAGGAAAGUGAAUUUUGGUGAACUACCAGUUCCCCCUGGUUUUCCUCCAAUUCCUGGACUGGCUCCUGCAGACGACAAUACAGUUGCUGCCGUCCUUGAAAAUGCUAACAGGCUGGUUAAGAUGGAGGAGGAAGAGGAUAAAGAAGAGGAGGAGGAAGAUGAGGGUGAGCCUUCCACACAGGCUCCAGCUCCCAAGAAGCCCACUCAGCUGCCUAAGAAACCAGUGCAAGUUGUUCAGCCAAUAACUGUGCCAUCUGCUGUAAUCCCAGAAGAAACCUCUCCUGAGAAAGAUAUUUCUCAACCCACCACUGUAGCAGCCCCAGAGAAAUCUGCAUCCACUGAGCACAUCUCUCCAGUUGCUUUAGAACACCUUGAAUUCCUGGAGAGUAGAAGGAAACAGUACUUAAAGGCUGCAGUCCAGGCAAAGAAGAGAAAUGAUCUGGAACAAGCCAAGGCGUUCCUAAGAACAGCCAAGAGCUUGGAGCCGAAGAUCGAGCGGGCAAAAAAUGGCAAGCCGGUCGACAUUUCGAAGCUGCCAUCACCACCUACAGAUGAUGAAGGUGACUUUAUUAUCAUACACCAUGAAGAUGUCAGACUCUCUCAGAAAGCAGAAGAGGUGUACGUUCAGCUCAUCAAGCUAUUGAGAGACCAGCAUGAGAAAUGUUUGCAGUAUUCGAAGCAGUUCACACAUCUGGGAAAUGUAUCUGAAACUUCACGGUUUGAGAAGCUGGCUCAGAUUUGUAAAAAAGAUCUGGACAUCUUACAGCUUGCACAGGCCCAGGGGCUGGAUCCCCCAAGCCACCACUUUGAAGAGAGAACCUUUAAAAUUGUAAGAAUAUUUUCUGAACUCAGUAGCACAGAAAUGCAUCUUAUCAUUGUCCGAGGAAUAAAUCUACCAGCUCCACCAGGUGUGGCACCCAAUGAUUUGGACGCAUUUGUGAAAUUUGAAUUCCAUUACCCAAAUACAGAGCAAGCUCAGAAAAGUAAAACAUCAGUGAUAAAAAAUACCAACUGCCCAGAAUAUGAUCAGCUGUUCAAGCUGAACAUUAACCGAAAUCACAGAGGUUUCCGAAGAGCGAUUCAGGCUAAAGGAAUUAAAUUUGAAAUCUUCCACAAAGGGUCCUUUUUCAGAAGUGACAAGCAAGUGGGAACAGCACACUUGAAACUGGACAAACUGGAAUUUGAAUGUGAAAUCAGAGAAAUUAUUGAGGUUUUGGAUGGCAGGAAGCCUACUGGAGGGAAACUAGAAGUAAAAGUGAGACUCAGGGAGCCACUAAGUGGGCAGGAUCUUCAAACAAUUACAGAAAACUGGCUAGUCCUUGAACAUUAGUUCCACCUAAGAUACAGAAAUGCUAAAAGCUGCAGAAUGGACUUUAUACAUAGCUUCUGCAAGCACCAAAGAUGUUCAACGAAUGCACUACUGAACAUAACAUCUUUAUUUUCAUAACUAUCAUAUAGUAUGAGUUGGUAAGCUUUGUAAGUCUACUACUGGGAAAGAAGGUGCUGAUCCACAAAGAUAGACCUACCUUAAAGUAGCAAUGUUGGUACUACGUGACUGUUACCCGUUGGGCUGCUGUCUUAUGCAAAGGGCAUGUUUGCAGGGGAGGGCAAAAAGGUUUGUUUUUAAUGGCUGACAAUAUACUAAGAUGGGCUGCAGCAAUGGAAGUUUAUCGUGUAAACUUGCAAAUAAGAUUGUGUUUCCUAGUCCUGGAAUAAAUUUUAUUCUUGCACACAGCAUUAGGUUAAGCAUAUUACUGUUAACAGCAGCAUGAAUAUGCAUUUGACAUUGCCUGCAAUGGUUUUUUUUUU